UAUUUUAACCAGACAAGCAAGGUGACGGCAACUUUACCACUCAGAGGAAACAAACCUUUUUCUCAGCAAGAUGCAAGUCGCAACUGUGUUGAUUUUCUUGUCUUUGAGUUCAAGUAUGGCACUACCAGUCCCAGUGGAUAGAAUUGUCCAAGAGAGAGACGAGCGAGAGAUUUCCAUCGAUGAGCUGGAAUCGCAGCUGGAGGAAAUUGAAAAUCAUAUCGGUGCAAUGCGGACAAAGAUGAAGGAGGAAGCUCAAAACGAAAAUGUCGAUCCCAUCAAAGAGGCUCAUCCCACGCCACCCACGCCACCCACGCCAACCAAGCCAUCCACGCCACACGAACCAUCCACGCUAUUCAAGUCAUCCACGUCACCUACGCCACCCGAGCCAUCCACGCCAUCCACACCAAGGAAGCGUGAAACAGAAACAAAAAUGCCAACGCCCCUGAUGACAAAAUCUGAGGCUUAUAAAACUGAGACUGUGAAACCUUCCAGGCCGGUGAAAUCUGAAGAAGAAGUAGAGCAUCCAAGCAAAGAAGAAGUUACAGUAGCUUCUGUCAAGAUUUCCGCCGAGGGGAAAAAAGUUUCUCCUGUUGGCGAAAUAGAAAAGCUCGAGGAAGAAAACAGCAACAAGAAAGAAAAAUUUGAAGUUGCCAAGAAAAUUGAAAUCAAAGCGGCAGCAAACGAUGAGAUGGAAAGGGAAGAGGCGGCUCUUGAGGGCGAAGACAGAGAAACGCCUGGGAAAGAAUUUGUCGUAACGAAGAUAACAAAAGAAACAAAACAUUUAGGCGGCAAAUCAGUUGCAAAUGAUGGAGGAGAUGAAGAAGAAGCAGAUCUUGAAAGUGAAAGACGGCCCGCAAGCUCAGGUACGAUGGAAAAAGGCAGCACAGAAAAAGGCUCAGCCAAACUUUCUACCAAGGUUAAAAAGAUAACGUCAAGUUCCACCCCUUCUAAAAAUACAGAAAAGGUAACACUCGUCAAAGUGGAACGUGUCCCAUCAAGAACAACCAUCGAGGCUAAACGAAGUGAAGUCCGGCAGGAAGAUGAAGAAGAUGAAGACCUGAAAGCGGAUAAGGUACAAAAGUCUACAGACGGUGAAAAGGAAAUAGUGAUAAAAGUGGAAAAGGUUUUAAAGCUUGGAAAAAAAUCACCUGGCGAGAAAAAAAUAAACAUAAAGGUGGAAAAGAUUGGACCAUCAACCGGUGAAACAAAGUCAGAGGUUUCUGUGAAGAAGGUGGCUGAGAAGCCUGUGGUUAAAUCAACGGUCAGAGAUGAACCCCAUAUGGGAAAGAUCCCAGAGAGCGUGGCGAAAAAGUCUGAGAUACCCGUGGUAAAGGAUGAAACACCUGAAGAGACAGAAGAGGAAGAUUUAAGCAGCAGUAAGAACAAUGAAAAGCACGCCGCUUUCAUGGACAAGAGAAGAUCCAAUGAUGAAUCUCAAAAGACUGACGAAGAGAUCGAGCUAGAGUUGGAAGGAGGACGAGAUAAAGAAGAAAAGAAGGCAGAAAAGGGAAAAACAGAUGAACAGAAGAUCGCUCAUGAAUUCGAUAAAGCGCUGAAAGCCGAAAGGAAUCGUGAGGAAGAGAAGCCCACAACAGCUCAAUCUGUAAAACCGACAACACGCAGUGAGACCAUUGGAACAGCGAAGGUGCAACUAGUUGACAAGGAUAAUGGAAGACAAACUAUUGCAGUAAAACGAGAUGAAGCAGACAAAGAGCUAGCCAUACUUAAGGACGAGAUGGCUUCAAAGGAAGAGGACUCCAAACGAAUGUUAUCUGAUGAAGAACUGGAGCUCGCCGAAUUGGCCCAAAAUGCGAAGGAUAGUGAAGAUAAGAAAGACAAGGAAGCGGUAACAGAAAAACCCUCAAUAUCCACGCCAAAAGAAAUUGUCAAAACGGUGAACAAGAUCUCCAAGGUGACAGUAACAGUGACCAAGGAAAAGAGCAAAAUGAGUGAGGAAGAAACGAAGAAAGGAGAAAAAAAGCUGACUGAAGAGUUGAAACAUGAACAGAAGCAGGAGAAAGCAGCAGUUCGACCUGUAAUUGUAAAAGUAGAGAAGCUCGUUAAAAAUCCUGAUACCAAGCCAGAACAGAAGGAGAAGAAGACGGUCAGCAAAGAAGAACUACAGGAAGCAGAACUUGAAGACGAGGCAGAAGCAUGAGUGCAACUUUUAAUUGGCGCUUAAAUUGUUUGAUAAGAAUCAGUAUUUCGACGGAAAUGUCGGUGAUAGAGUCCCUAAGAAGUAGAAUAUUGAUAAAAAAAGUUUUUUUUUUCAUUUCUCAUUUGAGAAUAUAUAGCCGUCAGUAUUAAAAAAGCCGUAGAAUCGUAUUAUAACUGUUCUUUAGUGCAUAGAACAUUUCAACGUCCUUUUAGAACUAUCUUAGCAAUCGUAAUGAGGGCCGUUACAAUUUUCUCGUUAGAAGAUACUCUAACGGUGAAAAUGCUCGUCAAUAAUAAAGAAAAGCCGUAUCAAAGA